AUGCCUUCAACUAAGCCGCGCGGACGCAAGGCCGCUGUCGCACGUCCAGGCUAUACGAUGCAAGGCUUCAAGAUUAGGAAGCCAGGAGGCAAGUCUCGAAAUCAGCUUGGUGCGAAGCCGCGUUCAACUACUGCAAUCGGGUCAGCCGCAGACGCUACUUUGGAUGUCCGCGAACCAGCUGCUCCAAGCCGUAGUACCGGUCAGAAGACUACAUCUCAGCGCACAGUCCCGUCCAUAUUCCCGUCGGUGCCUGGACCGUCAAAGACACCUGCAAAUAAAACGACGCAGGGCUCUAGUUCCAAAUCGUUCGUGAUCGACCUGACGGAGGAUAGCACCACGAAGCUAUUGCAGGCUUCUUCAGAUGCUAGCGCGUUUCUCGGAGUUCAAAAUAGCGGCAUCACGGGUUGCACACCAACAAAUUCGAGAUCCAUGUCAGGUGAGGAUCUUGCCAAUGCUGCUAUUCCGCAUACACAUACUUCACAACCUACGGUCAGCUUGGCCGUUCGUUCUGGCUCGUCACGGAUAUUUCGUGAAGGCAGUUCGAGGUGCACGCCGUCGUACGUUCGGCAGUUGCGAGAUGCAGCGCAGUCACCUAACACUAGCUUCGGUCAGUCCGAGCCUGUAGACUUGGAUCUCGGUGCUGCAACAGCCAGGUCUGAAUUCGUGUUCGAGAUGGAGGGUCUCAGGACUGAAGCCGUCGUUGACGUCUCCAGACGAGAAAGGGACCUCAUCAGUACUAUCGAACCUUCCUGCGCCGCCGUCGCUUUGCAUGGCUUCCCAAGAAAGAACACACUGGGAUUGAGCUUCACGUCGACCGCACCACAAUUGAUCGCAUCCAAUGCAGAGUAUGAUGAAUAUGUGAGCACAACCACCUACCGCGUGCCUCAUGAAAGCGCGUUUGUAUCUCCACAGAUCUCUGUCACAAUGUCAACCUCGAAGCUCUCGUGCCUGAGCCACGCUGAUCGAACACACCGUUCUCAGUCCGGCGCUCUUUCCAAGCAACGCAAAGCUCCCCUUCUCAAGACGUCAGAGUCCGAAAAGACCGAAUAUCUGCAAGAUGGAGACUUCAUAUACCGAAAAGUACCCCGGUGCAAGCCAGUGAGAGCUCGCACGCCUACACCUUACAGCCGGCGAACUCCGUUUUACCACCUCACCUCCAACCGAUCAAAGAUGCCAAUCCGCCAACCUACUCCAGCUCCGCACGGCAUGAGGAAGCGCCAAACCCAAUCUCCCGGUCCGCAUUCGAGAUGCACACCCCGCCGCAAAGAGACAUGGCGAAAACUCACGUCCAAAAUGACCGAAAAUCAGCGCCGUCGCCCAACAUUUCCCCGCCGUUCUAUGUUCACACAGGCCAUCCAAGAACCUCACGUUACUCUGCCUCCGCUUGAGAGAUACUGGGAGGUUCUUUCCAAUUUGAUUACCGACAAGAAGUUGUUUAGUAGGGAUAUGUUUGACCACUGGGAAUACUUGGAAACAUGUACGCGCGUCAUUAAUGGGAACCUGAUUGACGAGGAGGCGUUUGGGAGGAAAGAGAGCUGCGCAAUCGCCAGAGAGUUGAUGAAGCAGAGAUUUAUCAUGUUCUCGGGUGGAAAUAAGGUCAUGCUGACGCCGAAUGCGGGUUGCUCGCGUCUGAGCUAG